AAACAGCAUGAGCGGAGAACGAAGCUGGUCCGAAAACAACGAACGGGUGAAGAAAAUGGCGAAGCACGCCAUCGCUGUGGCGUCAUUCUCUAUCGUCCUCUUCAUCCUCGCUCGGCAGUCUUCUUCCCAUUCUUUCAAAUCCAUCUUCUCCCGUCGCGCCCCAAAGUUCCUCGGCAGAUUCUCAACCUCCAACCCCCACCACCACUACAACGACCAGCGAUGGAAGCGGCUUAUUCGAUACCAGUACGAGACGCGGUACUUCGAGCAGCGCCUCGACCACUUCAGCUUCUCGGAGUUGCCGACGUUUAACCAGCGAUACCUCAUCAGCUCGGAGCACUGGGCGGGGGCCGAUCGGCUCGGACCCAUCUUCUUGUACUGCGGAAAUGAAGGCGACAUCGAGUGGUUCGCUGCCAACACGGGCUUCGUGUGGGAGAUUGCCCCGAGCUUUGGUGCGAUGGUGGUUUUCCCUGAACAUCGGUAUUAUGGUGAGUCAAUGCCAUUUGGGAGUAGAGAGGAAGCGUACAAGAAUGCCGCUACCUUGUCUUAUCUUACUGCAGAGCAAGCUCUCGCUGAUUUCUCGGUGUUAAUUACAAGCUUGAAGCGAAACUUGUCUGCUGAGGCUUGCCCUGUUGUUCUUUUCGGUGGUUCAUAUGGUGGAAUGUUAGCAGCAUGGAUGAGGUUAAAGUAUCCGCAUAUUUCCAUAGGCGCACUUGCUGCUUCAGCUCCGAUACUUCAGUUUGAAGAUAUUGUGCCACCAGAAUCAUUCUACAACAUUGUCUCCAAUGAUUUUAAACGUGAAAGUACUAGCUGCUUUAACACUAUUAAAGCAUCCUGGAACGCAUUGAUAUCUUUAAGCCAGAAGGAGAAUGGUCUUUCGCAACUGACAAGAAUGUUCCGGUUAUGUCGGGAGUUGAAGAAUACAGAAGAGCUGGCUAAUUGGCUGGAAUCUGCUUACUCCAAUUUGGCAAUGGUCAACUAUCCAUAUCCUUCUGACUUUCUUAUGCCUCUACCUGGACACCCGAUAAGAGAGGUCUGCAGAAAGAUUGAUGGUUGUCCAGAUGGGACUAGCAUUCUGGAACGUGUAUUUGAAGGUGUUGGUGUUUACUACAAUCACACUGGAGAAGUUGAUUGCUUUAAAUUGGAUGAUGAUCCUCAUGGCAUGGAUGGCUGGAAUUGGCAGGCAUGCACGGAGAUGGUUAUGCCCCUGUCUAGUAGCCCAGAUUCCAGCAUGUUUCCUGCUUAUGAUUUUAAUUUUUCUGCUUUCCAAGAAGAGUGCUGGACCAAUUUCAAAGUCAAUCCAAGACCAAGGUGGAUAACAACUGAAUUUGGUGGGAAAGAUAUCAUGACCAAUUUGAAGACCUUCGGAAGCAACAUCAUCUUCUCAAAUGGCUUUCUUGAUCCUUGGAGUGGUGGCAGUGUGACACAGAAUGUAUCUGAUUCUAUUGUUGCUCUCAACACACAAGAAGGUGCUCAUCACAUAGACUUGCGUGCUGCAACAGCGCAGGAUCCCAACUGGCUGGUAGAACAGAGAGCGACCGAGAUCAAGCUGAUUAAGAAGUGGUUGAGCACCUACUAUCGGGCAAAGGGAGCUACUUUACUACCUAAUGUUGAAACGGGUAACAUGGCUAACUCCAUGUAAAACUUGUCCAGAGUCUUCCCUUUAGGCUGCGACGCCAGCCAAGUGGGAUGGGCAAAAUGCCGCAUCCAUGGUAAACAUAUACUCACAGACUAAUCAAAACGAUUUUACAAUAGCCACGGGCAGCAGUUGCUCGUAUGGGUAAACAUAAACAAACGGCUAGACUGAAUAUCGGUAACGAUGUUGGUUCCGUCAUAUUAUAAUGGUGUUUAUUACUGAGGAAUACAGAAUUUGCAGUUCUAUCAAGGAAAAGAAAAUAGGCUAGAGCAAUAAUUGUAGGGAAUUAAGAUUCUAGACUCUGAUUUUCUA